CUUCCACCUCCACCCUUCGAAGCUGUUCGGGUUGAGAUGAAAAGCCUUGCUUGGCUUGCUGUUGCUGCUUCAUCUGGCUUGCUCGUCGCCGUGGCACCACAUCACCAACGCCUCCUUCCCUCGUCAGCCUAAACCCAUCAAGAACCAAAAAGGCUCGCAAAAUAGCUGUAUGAGCUGAUCUCGCCGUCGCACCCCUUCAGUCUUCCCGACGUUUCCUUCACUUGAAGCACUAUUCCAGAAAGCACUGGGCAGGAGCAGCUCACUCGGUCAACCAGCGAGCGCUAGCAAUAACUUUUGGCGUGAAACGAACUUCUAGUAGCAACACUGGCUCUCGUUACGCCCUCGCUUCCUAGAAGAACUGCAAACGGCGUUUCUUCGCACACACUCUCCCUUUCCCUCUAAAGCUCGACCAUCCUCCAGAGUCGCCACCAUGUCGACCGUUUCUGUGCACCCGCCGCUGAAUAGCGGGACGUACACGCUAUCAACUGAUUCGUUAGUAGCGGGAACUCUCUCCGUAGCCGCAGUUCUUCUACCCAUCCAGUUCGACAGGAUGUUCUGCCUCGUCGUGCUCGCAGCGCUCCUGCUGCUGUCGCUAGCGUUCCUCAGACGGUCCUCGAGUCGCCAGAACGAGCUCUCGCUCGAGUGGGAAACCGGCCGGCGAAAAGCCAGGCAGCCGUUUAAGAAACCCCCGGAAUUUUACGAGUACUAUGGCGUGAUGUCGUCAGAGGACUAUUUCGUCAACUCGCGCGGCGUCGAGCUUUUCACCAAGCAGUGGCUGCCGAUCGACGGUCGUUUACGCGGAGUCGUCUUUUACUGCCACGGUUAUGGCGAUACCUGCGUGUACGCGUUUGAAGACGUCGCGUUACGGUUGGCUGCGUCUGGCUAUGCGGUACAAUCGAUGGACUACGAAGGGUUUGGCAUGUCGGCGGGGUUGCACGGUUUCAUUCCGCGAUUCGAUAAUUUGGUGGACGAUGUUACGGAGUUCGCUGCGUCGCUUAGAGCACGGCCAGCACUCGCUCAUCUUCCGUUCUUCUUGUAUGGCGAGUCCAUGGGCGGAGCAGUCGCCCUCCUGACCCACCUCCGCCAGCCAUCCGCCUGGCAGGGCGCCAUCCUUGCCGCCCCCAUGUGCAAGAUUGCCCCCGAAAUGAUGCCUCCUAAACCCGUCGUCACCACCUUAUCGUUCCUCGCGAGUAUCUUCCCUCGAGCCAAGCUGGUUCCUACCAGGGAGAUUGCGGAAAUUGGAUUCCGGGAUCCGGUUAAAAGGGCGAGAUUGUGCGAAAAUCCAGUGGGGUAUGGCGGGAAGCCGAGGCUACAGACGGCGCUACAAAUGCUGACUGCGACGCAGCGGAUUGGCCGGGAUCUGGAUAAGGUUUCACUGCCGUUUCUUCUGAUGCACGGUGCUGCGGAUGUGGUCACUGAUCCUUCCGUUAGCGAGGCGCUUUUCCAGCAGGCUUGUAGUGGGGAUAAGACUUUUAGACUGUACGAGGGGUGCUGGCAUGGGCUGACUACAGCAGAGCCUGAUGACGUGACUGCAAGGAUUUUAGAUGACAUGGUUACGUGGUUACAUGCCCGAAGCCUGCCUCCGAGCCUCCUGCCGAGCCUGCGGCUCAAUGCAUACGCUGCUGCUGCAGCAGCAGCUGCUGGUUGGUCGUCAGGUUUGGCUUCCCUUUCUGGUUCGACUUCACACACACCAUCCAACGCAGUACCACUGGGAAUGGGAGGUAGGGCAGCAGCAGCAGCGGCAGCAGCAGCAGGAAUGGGAGGGGAUUUGUGGAGCAAGGACAAGCAUCUGCCGUGGCAUUUGCUUCCCUUCGAUGCUGACGACGAGUCGUCCAGCACAAUAACCAGCUGAGCUGAGGUCAUCAACCAGCUGAGGCAGCUGAUGCAAAUCAGAUGCCGAUGGAGGAGGGCGAUUUCAAGCCAGAUUGAAAGAAGUCUUGAUUCGCGAAGAGGAGACGCGCCCUGGCACUGUAGGAGUAUUCAUUUUAUUCAUGCAGCCAAGAAUCCAUGGUUGCAGCUAUACUUGAAGGUUUAGAGAAGCUAACAACCUGUAGGUGUGGAGGGAGAGCAUCAGUAAUGGAAUGCUGAUUCUCAACUUUUGCAUUACGUGGUUGUGAAUAUCCCGCGGCUGUCUUCGUGCGCUUCUCGCGCUUCCGAGAUGUUCGCUGUUUUGUUUGAAUACUAGCUGUGGCUAUCUUUUUGUUUGUUCAAGUUAUCGGUACAAGAAAUUUGUUUGAGACACCCUAAUAGCAUACGGUA